AUGGAAACAGACCAAACGAAUGAAAUAACAGACUUAACCUCUGAAAAUACGGAACACAAUCAUCCUCCACCUCUUUGGAAUUUACCUGCAGAGUCGUGGGAAGUUAUCAAAAUCCUGCGUGGGAGAGAGUUGGAGCCCCCUGAUGAUCACAUCAAGUGGGUAGCUGCCCAGGACUUCACUGUGGAAGUGGGCAAAGAGCAGCUUGCAGAGUAUAUCCGAUCAUGGGAGCUGGAACCACGCUGGAUUUAUAGUUUGGACUUCCUGUGUUCGACCGAAGAGGAGCGUCGACUCUUCUACCACUACAGGGCUCGAUUUAGUACCCCUUCCCCGGAGAAGCCCAUCCAAGGGACGGCUAGUGUCUACUUUGCUAUGGAUGUAUUUAAAGAUGCAUCGCCAAGUGAGCCAGUCGAAGUACACUUUGUAGUGGAGUCCAAUAGGUUUGUACACACGCCGGGGAGGAUCCGCUUCACAGACAAGUGGUUGGUGGAUAUUAUUGAGAACAAGCUUGCUCUAAGAGAAGCAUUUCAACUCUGA